AUGCAAGCCAUCAAACAUUUGAGGGGAGCGACAACGAUGGCGCCCCAAAUCCGCCUGUACAAUCCCGUGAUCAGGGCAGAGAACGCACCAGAUAUCACCGGCGGAGUCAUUAAGAUCUUAGUCGACAGCACCGAGGAAGAGUUCUUCGAAGGCGGGGGAGGAGUGUUGAAAUUACCGGAAGAGAGGCCAAAAGCCUUCACGGUGUACGUCCAGUGGCUAUGCACGACUCGAAUCGUAGCAUCUGAGCAGCUAACCAGCUUCGACACAAUGUUCGAGCUCUAUGCCAUGGGAGCACGGCUACAAGAUCCUGACUUCCAGGAUGCCAUCAUGGAUGCGAUCAUUUCCGACAUUUGCAGCAUCGACGACCCAAUUCCAGACGAGAAGUGCGUCGAAAUCGUGUACAAGAACACCGAAGCCGGUGACCCAGCUCGGUGCUUGCUGGUUGACUUGUGGGCAAGAUAUAGCGAAGAGACGUGGUUCGACAAUUGGGAGGUGGGAAUGUUCACGGAAGGUAUGGGCGAGUUCUUCUUCGACCUUGCGCGUGCACAGAUCAACCAGGAUCGAGGUUUCGUCUUUCAGCGAGGGGAGACCUGCACGUAUCAUCACCAUGGAGAGAAGCCAUGUUAUCAGGAGAAGCGGCCGGAGACGACUCGCAAGAGGGAUCGUCAUUGA